AUGAAUCCCAUUCCUGCUGAUUGGGCAUUGGCCACAACUCAUCUUGCCAGCGAGUAUGUCUCUCGACAGUUCUGUUCUAUUGUUGGAGUGAUGCCCAAAGUCCUCCCUCCACCCAAGCUCGAUGUAGUUUUGCUUAUGGCUUGCUCAAAUCUUGCAUGGCACCUCGCCGAUGCAUAUCUUAAUCCAGAUGUGUUGCAUAUGCAAGAAACAGGCAUCAAUCCCUGGCGCGAACAAUCCCUCCUGGAGCGAUUCCUGCUGGUUGGUCAACUUAUGCUUGAGUGGCCUACUGUUGUCCUGGACAAAUUUGGCCUUAUUGUUCUAUGGUAUCUACCUGAAGCGAUUAAUGAAACCAUACAGAAUGAUAUGAUGGCGGCAACCAAGAUGAUGUCCAAUCAUCUGUGUAAGAGUAUCAGCCGAACUGCCGCCAAGAAGGAGAAAUGGCGCACCCAUGAGAGCAAUUUUCAAACCAGUGAACACGGCCUCACUCCGGGUUGUAUUAAUCUAUCUCCAGGAUGGUUUCUGCAAGGUCAUCCGGCGGUCUUGGCUGCUGCUGCAUUGAGAGUCAUGCAUGGCAGCUUAUACUGGUCGUCUUUGACAACUCAGCUCGGCCUCAGUCUAUGGGCAGACAAUAAUCAAUUCAAGGACAUGGGAAAUUGCCUCAGACAAUGGGCGUCUUCAUUUACAGUUCUUGCCGUUAUGUGCAAUCAUUGUUCACCCCUGCACAGAGACUCUCAAUCCCUCGCUCAAUGGUUUGAUAUCAUAACCAGUAUUGGCAAUUAUGGACCGGUGCAAAUGAAAUUGCCCAAUAUUGGCAUUGAAAUUACCUACAAUUCAGUUAGGGGCAUAGCUGAUAUGAUUGGCUCAUGGCGCCGUGGUGCUGCGUGCCAUGAUUUGACGCCGGCCCUAGGCCUGCAGUUGCUUCCACAUACAUGGGGUGAGCCCAUGCUACACAUCAAUGGAAUCUGGGCCCAUCCAACAAUCCAGUUGUACAUGGGCUGGGCCAGGUUGCAUCAACCUCGGUGGUGUUGUGGGCCUAACCGGGCCCGCCCGAAAGCCAACAUUCGUGGCCUAAGCCCACCUGUAUUGCAAUAG